UCCACGGAGUUUUUUUUUGUUUUGUUUGUAUACCGACGUGCGAAAACAAAUCAAUUUUAGCUGCUAAAAAAUAAACAUGGCUUCGGUUUGCUCCGAUUUUUUAGACUGGGAUCUAGUGGACGCGAGUUCGCUCAAUAAUGGAUUAAAAGAUGGAAAACAACUCUGUGCGCCGCUCAGAAGGAUCUACAACCUCAACAAGAGGAAGUCCUUCGCUGCCUUUGUGGCGUCCAAGCGAGAAGCCGGCUCCGAGGCGGGAGGGAGACCAUCUUGGCGCUGCUGCGGCCUUGCAUUUGCCAAGCAGGUCGCCGUUCACCAGCACGUGGCCGGGAUGCACGCCGUUGAGAUCCGGCGGCUGGCGCGGGCCCAAUACGAGCGCAUGCUCAGCCAGCGGCAAGAGGAAGAAACAAAUGACAUCAAACCAUGUGAAAGCUUGUCUGUGGACAUCUCCUUGUGGAUGCCAGACAUUAGUCACAUCCCUAACGAGCAGCUUGAGAAAGGCCCCGGCCAAGUUCUGCUGUACUAUCGCUACUGCCACGUGGAGGAGCCGCACGUUGUCUGCGCUUGGCAGAGAGCUUUGUGCCAACGCCUCCACUUAACCGGCAAGGUGAGGGUGGCCACAGAGGGCAUCAACGGAACAGUGGGCGGUACCCGCAUCGCCGCUGAGCUCUACGUGGACGCCAUGUGCUCGCAUCCUCUUUUCCACUUGGACAAAGAUGAUUUCAAGACAAGCGAUGGCGGUCCUGAGUGUUUUACGGAGCUGAAGGUGGGGAUCUUCAAGGAAAUCGUCCCAAUAGGAUUGGACCCUGAGGUCCUCUCCUACCAACUGGCAGGAGUUCAUCUGGAGCCGGAGGAAUUUCACAAAGAAGUGGAGGUUCUCGUGGCCGAAGCGGGUUCGUUGCAUAGCGACACCGUCCUGCUGGACUGCCGCAAUUUUUACGAGAGUAAAAUUGGUCAGUUCUCGCACUGUCUAGCCCCCGACAUCCGCAAGUUCAGCUACUUCCCAGACUACGUGGACAGUAACCUCGAGCUCUUCCGAGACAAGAAGGUGCUCAUGUACUGCACCGGAGGCAUCCGCUGCGAGCGAGGAUCAGCUUACCUCCGCUCCAAAAACGUGUGCAAAGAAGUUUACCAGCUGAAAGGCGGAAUCCACAAGUACCUCGAACGCUUCCCGGACGGCUUCUACCGCGGGAAGCUCUUCGUUUUCGACGAACGCUACGCCAUCUCCUGCAACGAUGAUGUCAUCGCAGGUUGCAGGUACUGCGGAAGCCCAUGGGACCGCUACCAGCUUUGCACCACGCGCUUCUGCUGCCAGCUGGUGCUCUCCUGCCCCGCCUGCCGCUCGGAGGGGCGCACCGCCUGCUGCACCGGCUGCCUCACCGGAGGCGCGCGCCGCAAAGAGGAGUGCGACUGCACCGACGGACGUCCCGGGAUCCCUCUUGACGUGAACGACGAUGGCCCACUUCAUUAGGUACACUCGGUAGAAGCUAGCAGGUUUUUGGACCGUCUUCUACGGCUAAAUGAGGCGACCAAAAAUAUCGGGACUUGGUUUUGGUGUGACACAGCAUACGUCAAACUAUAACCACAAUAAUAAACACAUUGUUAAACUCAGUGGGUACGGAUUAGGGAUUGAAUCCAUUAGUUGACGAGUGGAUGAGUGGACCUUCCGACUCCUCAUCGACCUUUAAAGCUGUAAUCGACUAAGCGAUAAUUAUGUGUUUUUGGCACCUCGCCUUCCAAUUGACCAAUUUACAGUUGGACUUUGGACUCGCCCCGUCUGCUGCAGCAUUUUAUUAUUAUUUUUUUUUUCAAUUAGUUUCUAUGGAUGUCUGUGAAAUACGUCUUUAUGCGAAACCGGAAUAAAAGGUUGGUGACCGCCGUACUGUGCCGAGAAAAUAUCAGUGGCGUCACGUCGUCGUCGAUUCAUCGACUCGACUGCGAUCACAUUAUAGUCGACUACAAAAAAUCUGAAGUCGUUCAACCACAAGUACAAAUACAUUGUUAUGUUACUGGAGUAGAUUUUUCAGUUAUCUGCACUUAUUUAUUUUUCAUACGGUAUUUUACUCUUACUCCCUAUAUUUGAAUACAGAUAACUUUUCUUUCCCAACCUCAGCGAAUGACGACAUGAUUUUCAAAAAAGACGUAAAUAGAGCGGCAGAGUUGUAAAGUCAACAUUGGUUGAGAUCCCGAUUGAUUGAUGGCGGUCUUAUAAAUUGGGAGGGUGGGGGAAACGGCUGCAAUAUGGAGGCAAUAGAUUAAGAGAAACAAAAUAUUCAUCAUCCAUGGCGAAUAUUUAAGAGGAGUGUUUGAUGAUGUUUGCUACGAGAAUGAUUCAUGGCGAAUGGAUUGUAUCUUGUGCCAGCCUAAGAACCACCAGCUUCUUCUGUUUAAAAAAAAAAAAAAAAAAAAGUUUCAGACUAAUCUGACAACACAUGCAAGUGUGGUGUAUUUAUUCCAGUUAACGUCUGGUCGACAAUUGUUUUGAUGGCAAAAGCCUGAGCCAACCUCACUUGUUCUUGCUUUAAAAACAAGAAAAACUGACGUGUGUCGAAUUCGAUUCAGCAGGUGUACCUAAUGAAGUGUCUGCUGCACUUACAUGGCUUGAAAAGGGCUCUUAGUUGUUUACGUUUGUUCCCUUUGGUCAAUUUUACCAAUAAAAUACUAAUUUGAAUGCAAACUGAUGCUUUUGUAGUCUGACUAAUUGUAUCUCCAAGUAUUUGUAGUCUGACUGACUGUGAGCAUAUUAUUUCACAAUAGUGGAUUACC